AUGUCUCCCGUUCACGUCGCCCCAGACGUGCUCUCUGGCCAUCUGGGCCAUCUCUCGCCCGACCAACAGGCUGCAUUUGCAGUAUUCAAGCGCAGUCUAGAAGAUGCGCGUCUCUAUACUCCGCCCUCGCUGGCCGAGGGCGGCAACAGCCAUGCUUCGCAUGACGAGCCCACUCUUCUCCGCUUCCUGCGCGCGCGCCGCUUCGACCCGCCCAAGGCGCUCAAGCAGUUCCAGGACGCACAGGCCUGGCGCGCACAGCACGCCGUCGACGCUCUCUACGCCGCCUUCGACCCCACCGAGUUCGAGGACGCACGCCGCUUCUACCCGCGCUGGACUGGCCGCCGCGACAAGAACGGCCUUCCCGUGUACGUCUACCGACUCGCCUCGCUCGCACCCUACAAGACCGAGCUCUUCGCCAUCCCGCCUGAGCGACGAUACCAGCGAAUAGUGGCGUUAUAUGAGACGAUGACGCGCUUCAUCCUCCCGCUGUGCACUCACCUCCCGCACGCGACCGCGCCAACGCCCGUCUCCUCCGUGACGACCAUCAUCGAUCUCCAGGACGUCACCCUCUCGGCGAUUUGGUCCCUCCGGGGGCACCUACAGGAGGCCUCUACGCUCGCGACCGCCAACUACCCCGAGACGCUCAAUACGAUCGCUGUCGUGAACUCGCCGUCUUUCUUCCCCACCAUCUGGAACUGGGUCAAGGGCUGCUUCGACGAGGGAACCCAGCGCAAGGUCCAUGUGCUCGGUAAGGACCCGGGCCCAACCCUUCGCACGCUGAUCCACGCAAAAGACCUCCCCAGAGUGUAUGGCGGUGAGCUCGACUGGAACUUCGAACACGAACCCGCCCUCGACGAGCACGCCAUAAAGGCUCUUGGCGAGAUGCCCAAGGGUCCUGUCAUUUUCGAGGACGGAGAGCUCAGAAAACCCACACCGCCAGCAUCCGCUGAGAAGACUGGUCCAUGA